AUGUCGGCGCCUCCAAGGUCCCGUGGACCGCCAUCUUUAUCUUCACGACACUCGGUCCAGUCCAAUGUCAGCUUGGCUGCAGCAGAGGCCCGUGCUGCAGCAGAGGCCGCACGCACAAGAGCUGACUACACCAGACGUCAGAUUGAGAUGAAGGUGGAACGGGCACGGCUUGACGCCAUGCUUGUCGCUAUGCAGGAAGAGGGCGAAGCUCAAUCUGCAUUAGCUGCUGCUAAAGUACUAGAGGAAGCUGCAGACACUGAAGCAGCUAAGGACAGAGCAAGCACUGCAAGUCCCCCUGUUCUUCAACCUGAAGCCAUGCAACGUACAGAAGAGUACGUGAAGACACAUUUUGAUCACGAAGAUCAACGCACCACCCAAGUUGACCAAAAGGACAACCCCAUUGAUAAUGGGAACUCACAUCUACAAACUGUCGCUGUCGACUCGCAAGACCCCUUACCUCCACGACUCCCGCAGAAUCCUCUAACCUGGCAAGCUGCACCCCCUAUACCUACCAUGUCAACUCCCCUUUCACACACCCCGCACUAUACGUGUACUGAUGUGGCCGAUCAUCACAACAUGUACGGUUACAACAGUGGACCAAACAGGAACCUCCCCAGACUUUCAGACAUCUCUGAUCUCACAGCACACCUCGCUCGUCGAGACCUCCUCUCCGCCGGACUCAAGGUUUUUGACAACCGGCCAGAGAAUUACUUGUCUUGGAAAGCCAGUUACCGCAAUGUCACACGAGGACUAAACUUCAAACCCAGUGAGAAACUGGAUCUACUUACCAAGUGGCUUGGUGGAGAGUCACAGCAGCACGCUAUGAGAAUCAGAGCGGUCCACAUAAACAAUCCAUCGGCAGGCCUUGACAUGGUAUGGCAAAGGUUGGAUAAGAAAUAUGGAUCUCCAGAAGCCAUCGAGACGUCUCUCUUCUCGCGUUUGGAGAAAUUUCCUAAGAUUGGAAACAGAGACUAUCUGAGACUACAGGAGCUUGCAGAUCUUCUCGCAGAAGUGAAGGCAGCAAAGCUUGAAGACAAGCUACCAGGUCUUAGCUACUUGGACACUGCUAGAGGGACAAAUCCGAUUGUAGAGAAGCUCCCUCACUAUCUUCAAGAGAAGUGGCUGACACAAGGCUCGACGUACAAGAAGACACAUCGGGUGCCGUUCCCACCCUUUUCUUUCUUCGUCAACUUCGUGUACUCACAGGCUGAGAUGCGAACUGAUCCAAGCUUUGUGCUCCAACCCUCCAAUGCGACAACCAUUGCUGCUGAGAAGCCCUCACCAAACCGGUUCAAGCCCAAGUCCUCAAUCACUGUGCACAAGACUGUAGUGGGAACACCAGCGACCCCAUCAUCUGACUCCAAUAAGCAGAUGGAACCAGAUAAGCAGUGUCCUAUUCACAAGAAGCCCCACUCCCUCAGAAAAUGUCGAUGGUUCCGAAGACAACCACUAGAAGAGAGAAAGGCAUUCUUGAAAGAACAUGCUAUAUGCUAUAGAUGCUGUGCGUCUACUGCCCACCAGGCCAAAGAUUGCAAGGUCGAUAUUCGCUGUUCAGAGUGCGGCAGUGACUGUCAUGUGUCCGCUCUUCAUGCUGGGCCACCCCCAUGGACAACGAAGGAUCCCUCAUCUGCAGAAAAUCAUGGCGGGGAGCAAGUCGGUACAGAACCGACUGUGGCUGCCCCAAACUGCACGGAGGUCUGUGGAGAAGGAAUGCAGGGAAAAUCAUGCUCCAAGAUAUGCCUGGCCAAUGUGUUUCCAGAAGGGCAACCUGAACAGAUGAGGAAGGUGUAUGUGAUGUUGGACGACCAAAGUAAUCACUCACUUGCCAGAUCAACCUUCUUUAACAUAUUUGGUAUCUGCGGAGACAUCUCCCCCUACAUACUACGCACCUGUUCAGGCACAACAGGCGCACAGGGAAGAAGAGCAAGUGGCUUCACAAUUCAAUCAGUAGAUGGCGAAGUCCAGCUGUCAUUGCCGCCACCCAUCGAGUGUGACUUCAUCCCAAACAACCGAGACGAAAUUCCAACUCCCGAAGCCGCAAAGCAUCAUCCUCAUCUGGAGACCAUCGCCCACAAGAUCCCACCACUCGAUCCCUCAGCUGAAAUCGUCCUGUUGCUAGGCAGGGACAUCAUACAGGUCCACAAGGUUCUUAGUCAGUGUAAUGGACCUCACAACGCACCGUAUGCUCAACGCCUGGUCUUAGGCUGGGUGAUAGUGGGGGAUGUGUGCCUCGGCGGAGCACACAAACCUGCUGUCAACGCCAACAAGACCAGCAUUCUUGACAACGGACGCCCCAGUUAUCUGACGCCAUGCGAAAGCAGGAUCCAUGUGAAGGAGACAUUCACUAACAAGACCCCAUGGCAUGCUUCAGAGAUGUGCCAACCAAACAACAUCAGUUCUGACAUCUUCAGGGAAAGUCCAGAAGACUACAAAAAGGCAUUAUCGGUUGAAGACGAGAUCUUCCUCUCCAUCAUGAAUGAUGCAUUUGUCAAGGAUGAUGGUAACAGCUGGGUGGCCCCGCUCCCAUUUCGUUGUCCUCGACGGCGUCUACCCGAUAACCGACAACAAGUCGUGAACCGCCUCAUGUCUCUUCGUCGGAUGUUACUGAAGAAACCCGAGAUGAAGGACCACUACUUAGACUUCAUGAAGAAGAUUUUUACCAACGGCAAUGCAGAGCUAGCUCCCCACUCAAGCCAGACCAAGAAUGUUGGUACCUACCAAGCUUCGGUGUUUAUCACCCCCAAAAGCCGGGACAAAUAA